AACUUCCUGGUUGUCAAACAUGGCGGGUAUGUGGAUACUGACUGUCAUCGUUUUCACAUCAGCUUGCUGGAUACAGGAUAUCAUUGGUUCCUGUUCCCAGGGAACAUUCGGAGAUUCGUGUAGCUACACCUGUCACUGUGGGCCGUCUUGUCACUUGACAACUGGUGUUUGUGGAGGUGUCUGUGAUAGAGGCUGGUUUGGAGGACAAGGGGGAACCUGUCAAAAAGAAAACGUUGCCUAUAGAAGACACGCCUCAUCCCCUACUCGACUGUGGUCAUCUGCCUGGUCUGCAGACAAAGCUGUAGAUGGGAACUCUAACCAGGAUGUGUACCAAGGCUCCUGUUUCCAAUCUGCUGACAACGUUAAGAGUUUGUGGACAGUGGAUCUGGGAGACGACUACAGGACACAUGAUGUCAGGAUAUAUCAUCAGAAAAAUCAUCUUCCUCGAAUUCGCACGGCUGCACUCUACCUGAGCAACACCAGCAAUACACCCAGUGUUCCCUGCUACACCUUCCCGUCCAACACUUCAGUCACUGGUGACGGUAUCUACAACGUGGUCUGUGAUGGAAUAGGGAGGUACUUCACCAUCACUGAUCCCACACACUUGAAUCUGUGUGAGGUAGAGAUUUAUGUUUGCAGCCCAGGAGUCUUUGGCGAUAGCUGCAAUCAGUUCUGCCAUUGCUUCCAAGCAGCGUGUGACCAAGUCAGUGGUGUGUGUCCUGGAGACUGUAGACCAGGGUGGCAGGGAGACAGGUGUGAUACAGAAUGUGACGCUGAUGACUAUGGAGUCAACUGUGUGAACAUAUGUACUAACAGGAAAUGUUCUGAUGUCAGCUCGUCAUGUGAUCGCUACAAUGGAUCAUGUGACAAGGGAUGUCUCCCUGGAUGGAGAGGUGUGGACUGUACACAAGAAUGUUACAAUGGAACCUAUGGAGCUGACUGCAACAUGACUUGUACAGAAAGAAAAUGUGCAGGAGACUCGCCUUGCGAACAUGUGAGAGGAACAUGCACAUCUGGAUGCGUAUCGGGAUGGAAGGGUGGAGACUGUACCACGGCCUGUGACAGCCAACAUUACGGAGCCAACUGUGACAAGACAUGUGCCUCCAGACACUGUGUGGGGAAGUCUUCCUGUAACUCAACAGGGGACUGUGACAGGGGAUGUGAGACAGGGUGGACACUGGACGAUUGCACAGCAUCUUUACCUCAGCAAAACAACCCAGUCGGGGGUGAGGAAAUACUUAUACCUGCAGUGACAGUGACAACAAUUGUUGUCUUGGUAGUUGCAGGGGCUGCCGUCGGUGUUGUUAUCUGGAGAAGGAGACGAAGACUAUCACUGCAGGAAUCUGAUUCACAUGAUUACUACAACACAAGUCAUCUGUCAAAGAUUCCAACAAAACAAUCACAAGACAACGACGAAACUCAACUUGAAGCCCAAACAUACGAUGGCCUCAGUGUCAUGUCACGUGAAAUCCAGGGACCAGAAGAGACAUAUUGCACACUCAACACAGAGAAGCCAGAUCUGGAGGGAGGGGCAUCUGGUGAAGUGGCUGAAACGACAGAUCGAGAUAUAUACGAGCCAGCAGAACCACAGACAUAUGAAACACUUGACAGCACAUCACGUGACAUGUCUGGUGAAUAUAGUGAAUUGGGCAAGAUUAAACUGAGCGAGCGAUAUCAGGUGUCCCAGCUAUCCAGUCAAGCAGAAACAACUUCCUGGUUGUCAAACAUGGCGGGGGGGUGUAUACUAGCUGUCACCGUGGUCACAUCGGCUUGCUGGAUACAGGUUGUCAUUGGUUCCUGUUCCCGGGGAACAUUCGGAGAUUCGUGUAGCUACACCUGUCACUGUGGGCAGUCCUGUAACCAGACAACUGGUGUUUGUGGAGGUGUCUGUGAUAGAGGCUGGGUGGGAGGACAGGGGGGAACCUGUCAGAAAGAAAACGUUGCCUUAGGAAAAGACGCCUCAUCUCCUACUCGACUGUGGUCGUUUGCCUGGACUGCAGACAAAGCUGUAGAUGGAAACUCUAGCCAGGAUGUGUACCAAGACUCCUGUUUCCACUCUGCUGACAACGUUAGGAGUUUGUGGACAGUGGAUCUGGGAGACGACUACAGGAUACAUGAUGUCAGGAUAUAUCAUCAGAAAAAUCAUCUUUCUCGAAUUCGCACGGCUGCACUCUACCUGAGCAACACCAGCAAUACAACCAGUGUUCCCUGCUACACCUUCCCGUCCAACACUUCAGACACUGGCGACGGUAUCUACAACGUGAUCUGUGAUGGAAUGGGGAGAUACUUCACCAUCACUGAUCCCACACAUUUGAAUCUGUGUGAAGUAGAGAUUUAUGUUUGCAGCCCAGGAGUCUUUGGUGAUAGCUGCAAUCGGUUCUGCCAUUGCCUCCAAGCAGCAUGUGACCAAGUCAGUGGUGUGUGUCCUGGAGACUGUAGACCAGGGUGGCAGGGAGACAGGUGUGAUACAGAAUGUGACACUGAUUACUAUGGAGUCAACUGUGUGGACAUAUGUACUACCAGGAAAUGUUCCGGUGUCAACUCGUCAUGUGAUCGCUACAAUGGAUCAUGUGACAAGGGAUGUCUCCCUGGAUGGACAGGUGUGGACUGUACACAAGAAUGUAACAAUGGAACCUAUGGAGCUAACUGCAACAUGACUUGUUCAGAAAGAAAAUGUGCAGGAGACUCGUCUUGUGAUCAUGUGAGAGGAACAUGCACAUCUGAAUGCGUAUCUGGAUGGAAGGGUGAAGACUGUACCACGGCGUGCAUUCCUGGCCAUUUUGGGGGCGAAUGUAAAGAGGAGUGUGGACUAUGCGCUGGCAAUUACAGUUGUGACCCUAGUUCAGGCGAGUGUCCCUCUGGCUGUGUUGAAGGAUACAUGGGACCCCAGUGUAAAGAUCAGUCAGAAGCUGCCCAGUCAGAACCUGCCCAGACCGUCCCUGUCGCAGCUCUAGCAGGAACUGGAGUGGGUGUUGUGCUGGUGGCCCUCGUUGUCAUCCUCGUUGUGCUUCUCGCAAGAAGGAGACGGCAGAAAGAAAAUGGAUCUUCUUCCAAUGAAUCAGUUCUAAAAAAGACAGCACAUGUCCCUUCCGUGAGGAAAAACGUUCAAGAUGCAGAAAAUACAUACAUAAAUGUUGGAUUUGAUGAGGAAGCGAAGCCAGUCGUGUCAUCCAAAAAGACUCGGACAACUACUGCACACGUGGCUUUAGGUUCUCCAGCCCCACAUGGUCGCAAUGUUAACAUGCGUGAAAACCAAAGUGGGGACAAACGUGACAACGUACUUGUUAAUCAUCCAGUCGACAGUCAAGGUGUGCCCGUCCUGGAGGAUGAAGAAGAUUAUGAUGCCAAUGCUCAGGUAACACCACAGGAAGCACCCGAUCUUACUGCUAGAAGCUACUACAAUCUGGAUGAUGUUGAAGCAUGCCAUGCUAUCCCCGUGUCCUCACUUGCGACACGAGUGCAGGCGAUGGAAGACCAGCCUGAAAGGGCUGAAGAGGAGUUUAAGCGUCUACCUGAUGGUUUCAUGCAUUCCUAUGAGGAAUCACAAAAGACGAAGAACAAAGGGAAGAACAGGUUCAAAGGAUAUUACCCAUAUGACUUCAAUCGGGUGAUCUUGCAUGACGCUAGUGAAGACAGUAGAGGUGACUACAUCAACGCAAGCUACUUGGAUGGUUACAAGUCAGAGAAGCGUUAUAUAGCAGCACAAGGUCCCUACAAAUCGGACAUAAUAACGGACUUCUGGAAGAUGAUCUGGCAGGAGGGGUGCAGCACUAUUGUCAUGGUAACAGGUCUGGUGGAAGCAUGCAAGAUGAAGUGUCUACAAUAUUGGCCAGAGAAGGGUACCAAGACGUUUGGAGACAUUUCAGUUACUAUGGCAGCACAAACCCAACUAGCAAACUAUACUGUCACCAAGUUGGCUGUCCAGAAAGAGAAAGAAAGCAUGAGACGGAUUGUCCACCACCUUCACUUCACCAGCUGGCCAGAUCAUGGUGUUCCGGACACUGCUGCCCUGCUGGUCUUCAUGUGGAGGGUUAAGGUCAUAUCUGGACAACAAACACAGCCGAUUAUAGUUCACUGCAGUGCUGGUAUAGGUCGAACAGGGACGUACAUCACUAUCGAAAGUCUUGUGGAGCAGGCGAAGACAGAGGGCAUUGUGGACGUCGUUAGCUUCGUCUCCAACAUGAGAGGGCAGAGGAAGAACAUGAUUCAAACAAAGGAGCAGUACCUGUUCAUCUAUCAGGCGUUGGCAAGGGCCGUGUCAGAGGGGGACACAACACUUGACUCCACCUCCAUCAAACACCUUGACCUCGGUCAGGUAUUAGAUGUUACUGUGGGCAAUAGGACGGUACAACAACACCUCGAGGCUUUACAACGCGGAGGUGGGGGGCAUGCCGAGGGAGCAAUUGUCACAAGCGUUCCUUCAUAUGCAUCUCUGAAUGGGUUCUUUAUUAUGUCGUCACAUCCGGAAAAAGAGGCCGUGUGGAAUCAAGUUUACAACAGUGACUCGCACAUUUUAAUAACAUAUGCUGGAGGUGCUCUGGAUUACCUCCCAUCAGUAGACUGUCCUGUUAGCACCACCAGGUUUGAAGUGAGCAUGUCCAGGUCUACAGCUCUGUCUGAUGACAUCCUUCUGAACACAGUGGAGCUGAAACUAAAGGAUAUCAAUGACACUACUGUUAUUCAACAUUACCACAUCAUGGGGAGUGUGAGGGAUCCCAGUUUCCACUUGCUGAUUGACAACUUUCUCACGUGGACAAGUGAUCCCAAACGAGGCUUAAGCACAGUGGUAGCAGAAUCUGUGGAGGAGUUUCGUCUCUUGGUGCUUCUGCUUAACAUCGCCAGCAGGCUGCAGGACGAUGGUAGGGUGGACGUCAUCAACAACAUGCGACAGCUUUACGAUCGUCUUGGUGGUCCGCCAUUCACAGAGACUGACGUGAGAUUCUGUCUUGAGUUCACUCAGCGGAGGAUGAAGACACUUGGAGUUUACGCCAAUUUCUGACACCAUAUCCAGACGAAAUCACCACUGGCUAUAUACACAGAGACUAAACUUAUCUCAACUUGUGCCUAGGCAUGAGUUCCUGCUCAUUUAACAAUACUGUACACUGCAAAGUCAAACUGACUUGUUUCCAAUAACAAUCUCAAAGCAAGAUUUAAAAUACAAAAAAAUGCGAAUUUCACACCACACAUGCAAUGUGUCAGAUACAUAUUAACGGGAUCAGUGUACAGAUAAUUACACCAGUCGACAAAGAUCAGUAUUAGCAAUAUAUCACAUAUUGAAGUAGAAAUGACACUAGUUCAAAUACUAAACCGUUCCACAAUCUCAUAUAUCAAAAUCAUACUUAUUAUACUAGAGUAAGAUAGCCUUCCCGGGGAUAACCGGGUAUAACAGUACAGCUGCUUCAAGUGUGACGCCCGUGCAGGAUGCUAUGUAGGAAAAGAAGACACCCUAUUAUUUAGUAGUUACUGUAUUUAGGGAAUGAUAAUCCCAUGAAUGUAAAUUACGCGUUGGGUCCUAUCACCGACAAUAAUCAGAAGUAUAGUAUCUUGCUUUUCUUUAUGGUUGUGAAACCAAAAAGCAUAAUGGGAUUUGUAAUUAUUUAAAGGUUUAAUAAUCUAAAACAGACAGUAGAACUUCGGAUCAUCAUGAUCAUCAUGGAUUUUGUACAUUGAACAGGCUAGCCUUCAUCAGAUGAAGGUUCAUACUCCAAGGAAUUCAGUCACUGACAAAUUGUUCGAUAUGCUUAUGCACAUGCCUACCCCCAAAAAACCUCAGGGGACUCAGAGUCUCAGAGACAUAGUUUGCUGUGUAGAGCUGUGUCAACAAAGUGGGGACAUCUUGGGCUGCUUUCCCAAACAUUAAUCUGACUCACUUCAUCUGACAACUCUUUGCUUGUACAUUUUCCAAUCAAAAGGGAUAAUAUAAUAUUAUACAGCAUAGCAUAGCAUAGCAUAAUAUAUAAUCAGUUAUAUCAAUUUGUGAUGUCAAUAAAUGUCAAUGUAAAUGUCAAUAAACAGUGUAAAGAAUGUCAAUAAACUUCACAGUUAUUGAAGCUUAUGGCAGUAUUAAGACAUCCUUUAAGAGUAAAACAAAAUCAUGAUGCAUCUUUCGAGUGAAACCUGUUUUUGGAAGCACAGACACAGAAAGCCUUUCUGUCUCUGAAUGUAAUAAUGCUAUGUUAUUAAUCAUAAUAUCCCCACAAGGAUAUGAGGAUGUAAGAAUUAAGAAAAGCAUGUGAAACAAUAGAUACAUAUACAUUGAUAUAAACUAUUUCAUUUCCGGAUAGAAUCAAAUGACUCUUUUUGUAACAUUCUUGUGAUAGUUAAUAAACUCAUUAUUCACAUUCAAGAUAUAUCUGUUACAUUUUAUGCACAAAUAAAUUAGAUUAUGUUGCC